GCGGUGAGGCCCCGCCCCCGGACCGCCCCCCGCAGACCCUUGCCAGGCGGAGGCCGGGGCGCAGAACCGGGUCCUGGCUUUACUAUCGGCGCGCGUGGUUGCCAUGGCCGCUGGGCAACGCCUCUGCUGUCCGGGUCGCGCGCGGGCCCGGCUGCGGUUGCUAUGGCCGCGGGAGGGGAAGAGGCGCACAGCCCGACGCCCCGCCCCGCCCGGCGCAGCCCCGCCUGCCCGCCCGCGCAUUCCGCCCUCCCAGCCGUCUGCGCCGCCGCUGCUCUUGCCACUGCCGCGGGGACGCAGGGCUGCGGUGGGCGCAGCUGAGGCGGGGCGCGGACCGGAGGCGAGUGGCCCGCUCCAGGCCGGAAACCCAGGUGGGGCCGGGCCGCCUCCGUCGCGCCCCCCCUCCCUCCCGGGAUGCGGCGCUGAGGCCCAGCAUGGCCGGCCCGGGCCCCACCUUCCCGCUGCACCGGCUGGUCUGGGCGAACCGGCACCGCGAACUGGAGGCCGCACUGCACAGCCGCCAGUGACUCCCAACCCUGUUCAGCGCAGUGGCCUUCUUGCCUCAGUCUGUCCUUACUUGCUCUGUGCUGAGUGUCCCGUCUCCCCCAGCACGACAUUGAACAGGAGGAUCCACGGGGGCGCACCCCCCUGGAACUGGCCGUGUCCCUGGGGAACCUGGAGUCCGUUAGAGUCCUGCUUCGACACAAUGCCAAUGUGGGCAAAGAGAGCUGCCAGGGCUGGGCAGUCCUGCAGGAGGCCGUCAGCACUGGGGACCCUGAGAUGGUGCAGCUGGUGCUCCAGUAUCGGGACUACCAGAGGGCCACACAGAGGCUGGCUGGAAUUCCGGAACUGCUCAACAAGCUCCGCCAGGAGGAUUUUGUCCAGCUCAGUGGAUAUGGCCCAGGCCUCUGGAAUACCUAUCUCCCCUUCUCAAAGCACACGGCCCCUGAUUUCUACGUGGAGAUGAAGUGGGAGUUCACCAGCUGGGUGCCCCUUGUGUCCAAGAUGUGUCCGAGUGACGUGUAUCGGGUAUGGAAGCGGGGUGAGAGCCUCCGGGUGGACACCAGUCUCCUGGGCUUUGAGCAUAUGACCUGGCAGCGUGGCCGGAGAAGCUUCAUCUUCAGGGGCCAGGAGGCAGGAGCCUUGGUGAUGGAAGUGGACCACGACCGGCAGGUGGUGCACACAGAGACACUGGGGCUCACCCUGCAGGAACCAGCAGCACUGCUUGCUGCCAUGCGGCCCAGUGAGGAGCAUGUGGCCAGUCGCCUCACCUCUCCUAUUGUCUCCACCCACCUGGACACUCGUAAUGUGGCUUUUGAGAGGAACAAAUGUGGUAUCUGGGGCUGGCGGUCUGAGAAGAUGGAAACCGUUAGCGGCUACGAGGCCAAGGUGUAUAGUGCCACCAAUGUGGAGCUGGUGACACGCACACGUACGGAGCAUCUUUCUGAUCAGGACAAGUCGAGGAGCAAAGAAAACUCCCAGUGGAGGGGGGCAUUCUGGGACAGUGGCCCAAAGUCUGCUCAUGGGCUCCCACCCCUUCUCCUCAGGGGGGAAGACUCCGUUCCAGUCCUUCCUCGGGAUGGCACAGCAGCACUCCUCCCACAGUGGGCUAUUUCCCCCAGCGAAUACUUCGACCCCAACUUCAGCCUGGAGUCGAGGAACAUUGGCCGCCCCAUUGAAAUGUCCAGCAAAGUACAGAGGUUCAAGGCAACACUGUGGCUGAGUGAGGAGCAUCCCCUCUCCCUGGGUGACCAGGUGACACCCAUCAUUGACCUGAUGGCCAUCAGCAACGCUCACUUUGCCAAGCUGCGUGACUUCAUUACCCUACGCCUCCCGCCUGGCUUCCCAGUCAAGAUCGAGAUCCCUCUUUUCCACGUGCUAAACGCCCGCAUCACCUUCAGCAACCUGUGUGGCUGUGACGAGCCCUUGAGCUCCGUGUGGGUACCGGCCCCCAGCUCUGGCCCUGCUGUCACAGCCUCAGGGAGCCCUUUCCCGUGCGAGGUGGACCCCACUGUGUUUGAGGUGCCUGAGGGAUACAGUGUGCUGGGCACAGAGCGCAGUGAGCCCCUUCGCGAUGAAGAUGACGAUCUGCUGCAGUUUGCCAUCCAACAGAGCCUGCUUGAGGCUGGCACAGAGGCGGAGCAGGUGACCAUCUGGGAAGCCCUGACCAACACCCGGCCUGGCACCCACCCUCCUCCCCAAGCCACGGCCUAUGAGGAGCAGCUUCAGCUGGAGCGGGCCCUCCAGGAGAGCCUGCGGACGUCCUCGGAGCCCAGGGGCCCGGGAUCCCCUCAUAGGACACCCCUGGCCCCAGCCCCCCCAAGCUUUGAGGAGCAGCUGCGCCUGGCCCUGGAGUUGUCUUCGCGGGAGCAGGAGGAACGCGAGCGGCGGGGGCAGCAGGAGGAGGACGACUUGCAGAGGGUCCUGCGGCUCUCGCUCACGGAGCACUGAGAGUGGCCCCGGGCCCCAGGGGGCCGUCUGGUCUGGGCCCCCACCUGUUUUGUAACUUAUUUAUUACAAACUCUCUGCUGCUGAGCUUGGGGCCUGGAGCCCUGGGGGUGGGCUUGCACUGGAGACCAAAAUGGAAAUAAAGAGACUUUGAG